UUUGUAACCUACUGUUACGAUUUGCGAAGUCGCUGUGGUGCGUUUAGUUCUCCUCCGGUUUAGACACAUUUUCUUCCCUGCUGUAACUAACGUUAGCUGCCUAGUUAUCUCGCUAUUGUAGCUAACCUUUUUAGACCACUAAUGUAGUUUACUGGGGGGGAGGGGGGUUGUUAUUUUUUAUAUCACGCCAGUUAACAAGCUAAUGUAGCUAGAGAUAACUACAUAGGGAUAUCCUGCUAAUAAAUAGCAGUUUCUUGCUACGUCACUGCAUCAGUGUUAAUCUAUAAUGGAGAAGGUACGAAAGGUUCUUGUGCACCUGUCCAAGGAUAACACAGCACCGCAGUGCGCCCGGUUUGUUCAGAGCAUUACUGGACACUUUAUAGGCAAUCUCGAUGACCAAACAACUGUGAAUUGUUUCCUAGUAGACAAUCGAUUUAUUUUGUGUGAAGGAAACCGUGAAGAGGGCGUUCCCCUUAAGAGGGCGCCGUUCUGCCCGAUCAAAUACCUCUCUCACUCAGAAGCGGCCUCCAUACCGCCAGAUACACUCAGUCGUGGAGUGGACGUGGGUGUGGCUGUCCUACUUCAGUCAGCCAAUCAGAGAGUGUUGCUGACCAGGCGAGCUCCGACACUCAGAAUCUUCCCUAAAGUGUGGGUCCCGCCUGGUGGCCACGUGGAACUGGGGGAGAAGCUGGCGGAUGCAGGCUUCCGGGAGCUGAGGGAGGAGACAGGACUCUCACUCAGCCCAGAGGACAUCUCCUCCUCUCGGUUGCUGGGCCUUUGGGAGUCGGUGUAUCCGCCCAUGCUGUCUCGAGGACUUCCCCAAAGGCAUCACAUCGUCACCUACAUGCUGCUGUCCACUCACCUUACACACCUGCAGCUACAGUCCUGCCUAAGGCCAGAGGCUGCAGAGGUGAGUGGGUGUAUGUGGUUGGACCCAGACCUUGCAAAGGUCAUCGUGUCUGCCGUGGAUGGAAAGGAGGAGUCUGUUCAUGUACCUGCCAGUCUGCCUGAAGCUGUGGGCGUGACUGCCGUGUCUCCAGAUGGUGAGAUGAGGGAGUCCACGCUGCCAGUGUUGGUGUUUUGUAACCGAGCCCCGGCUCAGGGUGAGGAUGUGGAGCGGGUUAGUACCGGAACCAAGUAUGCCUUAGAACUCUGGCUGCAGACUCUGGAAUCUCACUCUGAGAAGAGCUAAUUGCAGAAGAAUCUCUGCCUUCCGGCCUGGAUCUGUGGAAAAAGUACACGAAUACCUUUAGGACAACAGCACCACCUGCUGGCCAGGAAUCCUUUUAGCCGGUUCUGGUUGUGUUCGCUGUCUUUGUGCCUGCAACCAAACAAGCGUCUGAGCGUUGUCAAGAAUAUUUUUAAAGUCUAAUCACAAAGGAACUGCCAGAGUCAUUUGUAAUACACACGUGUGCCUUAUGUGCCUUUUUCUUGAAUAAGGUGCUUAUUUAAAAAUCUGUAAGGAAUUGUAAUGUAAUUCAUGAAAAAAAGUUUGCCACAUGGAGGGAGUAAAGAUGUCACCUUCAGCACUGACUGCCCUUUAGUUGGUUGAAAAGUUGAUAGAAUUUUGUUCUUCGCAUAGACAGUCCAACCAUAUUAACAAGAGUUAUAGACAGUUAGUUUUGACAAUUUUCAUUUAUUCUGAUUAAUUAGAAAUGCUCCAUAUUUUUUAUGCUUUUGUUCUAUACUAAACCAGCCUUUUGCAUACUGACUUGAUACAUAAAGCUCAAAAUAGCAUAAGCAAGAAUACAAAUGUACAUCUAAAGUGGUAAAUGCUCCUGUUGCAUGACUGCAUCAUGAUCAACAGACCUUUUGUGAAUUUUGAUUCCUCAACCAAAUGUAACAACAGAUGGCAUACUAUUGCAUCACAUGCAUUUGCAUGUACUGGCCCAAAAACUGUCAGUAAGAUGCGGAUACAGUGAUGUCUUUGGCUGUUUCUUCCUCAGAUGGUCAAAACGCAUAGAAACUUAUGUGUGUGCUUGCACAUAACAAAGAAUAGAGGUGGCAUAUAGGGUGUGCUGAAUAAGUGUCUUAUAAGGACCAUCACCACUCCCAUGCUAUGUGGGUCAUAUUUAGACUGCCAGUGAGAUAAUGCAUUACAUUCCUUUUUUGUUUGCUGGACAAAACACUUCUGUUUGAAUUCAUGAGAUGUGUGAUAUAGAAGGCUGUUCCCUGAGGCUAUGACCUCUUCUCAAACUAAAGGUAAUUUCUUUUAUGGCUUCUGUCAGUUCUUUGAGAUCUUCAGAUAACACUUUCAAAACAAUACAUCAUAAUCAUUCAUUUUCUCUUUUUGCUUAAACAUUUUAUAGUAUAGUUUAUUUCUUUCAAAUAAACUGAUAAUAUAAAUUUGAACUCAAUGCUCAAAAUUGUUAAAAUGUUGACAGACAGAUGGUCAGAAUAUUAAAGUUUUCAAGGAUAA